GUUUUGUUUAUACUUUAGGAUAGUUUUGUAUAACAAAAAAAGGUUUUAGAUUUUACCGAAUUAAAACAUAGUAUUGGGAGAAAGUAUAGCAAUGUCUUUAUUGCAAACUCUUUCUUACCAAGAUUACAAGUCUAUAAGAAAUCUUAGCACAUAUCAAUGCGAGGUUAUUGCAAGACUAGCGGAUUUAAAAAUUACAUUUGAUGGAAUAAAAAAUUCUGGUGAAGUGCUGGUAAAGUAUUUAGACCGUAAAGGCUAUUCAGUGCAAGAAUACAAAGAAUUUCUUAUAACAGCUCAAAACACAAAAACUAUUACAACAUAUUAUGAACCACAUUCAAAAGUUGCAAUAUUAAUAGCCAACGAUAAAUAUGAACAUUUAUCGAAAUUGGCAACUCCAUCAAUAGAUUGUGAAUCGUUGGCUUCAAAUCUGAGAAAUUUGGGAUUUAUCACAGUAAUUAUAAGGAAUUCUACUAGUAGCACCCUAAAAAGUAAUAUCACAAAAGUUAUUGAUUUAAUUCCAGAAGAUUCAUAUUGUUUUAUCUUUUACGCAGGCCAUGGAUGUGAGUUGUGCAAUACCAAAUGCUUACUAGGCAUUGAUUGCCCAACAGAGAACAUAUCCUUAAGUCAUUGUGUUACUGAAAACUGGUUGUUACGAGAAGUAUAUAAAUGUAAACCAGAACUAUGCAUCUUAAUUAUGGAUAUGUGCCGAAUGUGUUUGGAUAGAGAAACAAAUCCAAACAUAUUUAGCUCACUAUGUUGUAUAGAAGAGUAUGCAAUACAUAGCAAUUUAUUAGUUAGCUAUUCAACACAAUCAUCAAAAGCUGCGUACGAAGUAUUGCAAAUAGAAUGCUCAACAACAAUUGAUAAUGAUGUAACUUAUGAGCUAAAAACGGGAGAUACAGAUAAAAUUGUGCCUGCAGCUAGUCAAUAUGUUAAUUCUUUGUGUUCAAGAUUGACUGAUAAUGUCGAUGUCUGUACAUUACUAGAUAAUGUUCAUGCAGAUGUAGAAAGUUGUACAAAAAAACAAAGGCCAAUCAAAGUUCAAUGUGGAGUUUCGAAAAGAUCUCUUUAUGACACAGUCAAAGGAUUGCAGGGAUGGCCUUGCACAAAGAGGGUAUGGAGACAUCGGUCAUAUUCCAGACACUUCAAAAGCUUGGUAUCAAACGUAUGUUCGUCUAUCGUACUAUCAAUAGAUAAAACAACACUUUGUUUGUCGAAGACCAGAAAACAUCGGGGCGGCCGCGUGCUGUUAGAACUAUAAAGGCCGUUAUGCUGUUAAAGCCACGAUUUAUCGAAACCCGAUUAGGAAGCAAAAUCUUAUCAGGAGAGAGAAUAUACCGCGAAGAUUGACUCUGUCGCGUAUUAAAAAACAAGACAUGCCCUAAAUCGGAUCGAUCAAAUCUCCUUCAGUCGCGAUAUGCAGAUGAAAAGCACAGUAAUAUCCUCUUUACCGAUAAAAAAAAUCCGAUUGAAGAACACUAUAAUAAGCAAAAUGAUAGUGUAAGCUCAUAGUUUUAAAGAAGCUGCUCAAGUGGUUUUACAUCAUACUGCGUCAGUGAUGAUUUCGUGGGGCGUGUGUUACUAAAAGAGUGAAUCUUUGGAGCAAGCAGUGCCAAAAUUUCCCUUGGAAACAGUGCGUAAAUAGAUUCGUGGCCAAACAGAUUAAAGGCCUGUAUCAAAGCCAAAGGUGGCCAUUUUGAAUAGAAUAUUGUUUUAUUUUUUGCUGAUACUAAGUAAUAUGUAGGUAUAAAUUUUAAUAAUAUUACAUUAUUCCUUAAAAAAAAAUACAUUUUCAUUCGUGACAGCACUUAUGGCUGGACUAGGUGUAUUUUUAGGUAUAGUAUAUAGGUACAUCUUUCAAGUAAUUAUAAAAUAGUGUAAUAAAACUGAUAUGAAAGUUAUAACUUAAGGAUGACUUGACAGUGAAAUCUAGAUCUUAUUUCUAUUUCCAUCUAGGCUGUCUUCACAAGUAUAACAUUAGUAUGGUGGUUUUUAUAAAGGUGAAGCUGCGAGAAACACAUAUUUGUUUUUAUUUUUAAAGUUAACUAAUAAGUUUUUAAACUGGGUUAAACUUAUUGUAGUAUCAAAGGAAAUUGAGAAUUGCAGAGUGACUGAUAUGCUAAUUAUGCAACUAAUGUAAACUUCGCAAGUAGAACAAAAUCUUUAAUGUCAUAAAAUAUUAAACUUUCAGAAUCAAAUGCUGAAUUAUUGGAUAAGCUUAGAAAAACAUGUGAAGAAUUUAAUGACCAGUGUGAUAUUUUUUAGACUUGUUGUAAAGUAAUA